CUGCGAUACGGUUAAAGCGAGCGAGAUUGAUACGUUGAUGCUGAUGCUACCCCUGUAAUAUACUAGGUAAGCAUUGAUCUAUCAUUCAAAUUCAUACUAAAACCCAAUAUUUUCUCCUUCCCAAUAUCUCUCAUAUCGUUCACUUCACUCUCUUGUCUCUUCUUUUACCCCAAUUUGCAUUGCAUGCAUCUAGUUGAUCCGUGGGGACGACGCUACUGAAAAUCGCUCAUAUUGCGUACAAUAUCACAAGCUUAAGCGAUAAGGUAGAGGCAAUGAUCCUUGGAUGAUCAUUACGUGAAAUUUACCUAAAUGAUUACCAGGUCAAAUCCCAGAGACACCGGUAUCAUAAGCUGGGGAUAUUAGAACGUUUGUAAACGAUGAAAGCCGAUAGGAAGACGCUCAACCGUCAAGUCACCGCCAGAUGAGUUUCUAGGAUAUAAACCAGAAUUGGCGCGGGCUGCCUCCCGGCUAGUUCGAGAACCCCAGAUCAUCAAUACUAUUGUUUCAAUUACUGAAUUAGGCAAUCCGGGCUGGACGUUUAUACGACACGUGAAUGACACUAUCUAGCCUGCUAACAGCUAAUUCGAAAGUUCUUAGUUGCGUCUGAGAAUAUGACACGCGACUUCAUAGGUAUAUGAUAAGUACGAGGCAUUUAUGCCUUCGUAGACUGCAUCUGGAAACUGUCUUUCGGGUUCCUCUAGGUUUAUUCAUUCAUGGCCAGCGCACCCCAAAAGACCUCUUCCUCGAAUUCCACGUCCCCGGGAGCAGUUGUCACAGCGUUGUGUGUGACCUUAGCCAUUAUUAUUUUCAUCUGCGCACUACGUAUGCGGCGAACAGCGACAUUAGCCAUGGUUCAGGAACGAGUCCCAAGAGGAUGCUUGCCCAGUGACCGGGUCGACUCAAUUCCUAUCGCCAAGUAUGGCAUGACGAAGAGGAGAUACCUAGCAGGCAAUAUGGCCAUCAACCAACCAGGGGUAUCAGCAAAGAACCACGAUACUCUGCCACAGCCCAUCGGCAUGAAGACUCCCAUAGCCACCUUUAAAGACACCAUACAACAGUGUUGGAGUAGGGUCCGCCGCCCUGGAAAUACGGACACUACCCAGAAUUUUGAACGAAGCGUCCAGCAAUCCUGCCCAACUUGCACCGAAGACUUCCUAGACGACGAUGAUGUUCGAAUAUUGCCCUGCAAACACCUAUUCCACCCACGGUGUAUCGACCCAUGGUUCAGGCGCUGUGCAAUCACUUGCCCCCUAUGGCAGGUGUCCCAGUUGCAUAGCAAAGUAGACUUAGGCUAACUCAAAAACCAAUGUUCUCUAGCCGUUUUGACGUCCGGAUCGCUUGGGUAGAGAGCUAUAUACAUAGUCCUCCAAUGGCAUAUGCCCCCGGAUCACGGCACGUAUAGCACGGAUACCAUCAUGGACUGGACCGGGAAUGCCGAGACAUAACAUCCAAACGCUCUUCGAAGAAUCGACUUCGCCAAGUCCUCUAAUGAUAGGGAGCGGAGGCUCUGUUUGCAGUGCAACACAUAUGCUCGUAUACUACGAGCCUACCUCUCAUCCAGACACUAAGCAUCCCCAAUACCUACCCGCCUGAGUACUUUUUAUUUCAAACU